AUGGAUCUGGUUGCUCACUUAUGUGAGUCUGUGUUUUCUGGCGACACUCACCCGCAAUCCAAGAGUAUGGAAAAGACAGAAAAUGAACCUGAUGGCUCGCAAAAGAAACCCAAUACGGAUUUCCAGUCGUUCUGGAACUACUAUUAUGCCAAGAGCGAACCCGAAUCUCACCAUUCAGAUGAAGUCGAGGGCUCCCACGAAGGUACAGAGACGCUGAAGUCGGCUGGAACGAGUGCUGCCAACAAUUCUCUUUUAUCUGACAAAUUGAUGGAGAAGGUCAUCCAAAUGAUGAUACCCAUGAAUGUUGAAUCAUCGGAAAUAAUAUCGCAACGAUUAGCAGUUCAAAGUACUCGACCAUCGCUCUCCAUCAAUUCAAUGUCAACUAAUUCCACCCUCUUGGCGCUGCGUCUUUCCUACACAUUUCAAUGCAUCGAUGCUAUCACCAUCUACUUCAGCUGGAGAGAACCAAGCUACACAUUAGCAAUCUUACUUGUCAUCACUCACGCUGUGCUUAGGCCAGAACUACUUUUGGCAUUCCCAUGCUUGUAUUUAAUCACGAAUGUGCUUAUACCUCACUACUUGAUUCGUCAUCCGCCAGAUAACUCACUCAAGGAGCUUCUCGGAAGGAGCCCCAUUCCUGCUGAUGGGGAGCCAUUGCGCUCGUAUUCCAUACCCAAACCGGUGCCGCAAUUUUCUCAAGAAUUCUUACUCAACUUGACAGACUUACAAAACCAUCAACUUGAUUUUGUUGCUGUAUACGAUUUCAUCGUAUGGCUCACAAAAGACUACCUUUACUUCAAGGAUGAAGCUGUCAGCAGUCUAGUAUUCAUUCUUUUGUUGAGUUUUUCUUUUUACAAUGCGGUUGUUUUGCCCAAAGUGAUAUGUCUUGUGUGGAAAUACCUUCCAAUAAAGUUCUUUUUGAUCGUCUUUGUCUGGCUCUCAACCUUGGCAUUUCACCCGGUGGUGAAGAAUUAUCUUUUAAAUCUCAUAUUUGACGAGCGAACCAGAAUAGCAGUGGUGAGCAACAACAAUCGAAUAGAGACCUAUUUGAUUCGAGUGCUUUUCCACAAGGAAACUCCCACACAAGAAACGAAAGAGGCAGAGAUUUUUGAAUUGCAAAAAUUACUGGCCAAAACCAGUAUAUGGGAACCCGUGGGGUUUACGAACGAGGUAUUUACCAUCAACAAUCCGACUCGUAGAACUACUAGUCACUUGUUGAGCACAUUGGUGGAAGGUUUUAAUGAAUUCGAAGAUAAAAAUAACGACGACGACGAAAGCGAAAACGAAGAUUUGGACAGCGAUAGUGAUGGCGAGGUAGCGGUAAUGUCCCACAUUAACAAUUGCUCCAAUCUCGAUGAAAUCGACCCCCCACUUGGCUGGAAAUUCGACUCGAAAUGGGUGGUCGAUUUGCAUCCCACGGAGUGGGUAAGCAAUCGUAUGAUUGACGAUGUUGUUAGCGUCGAUACUGACGAAAAAUGGGUUUAUGAUGCACCCAUAGACCUGAACAGUAUGUAUCGAAGACGGCGGUGGGUGAGAAUGUGUAGACGGGAGACAAGGAGAUAA